AUGGCCGCUGUCUCCAAGACAUCCCGACCUCCGAACCACGAGCCAUUGUCAAACGAGGCCAGCUCUCAACCUCUCACACACAAAGCCAACCCCAACCCUACCAGUGCUAGCAGUCCACGAUCCACCGCUACCACCACCACCACCACUCUUCCUGCAACUGCCACUGCCACUGCCACCACCACUACAUCAUCAUCGACCGAUCCCUACCAGGCACAAAAACAACAACAACAACAACAACAACAACUGGUGCCCUCGGUGAACCGUCCGCAUUAUCGCUCUCACCACCACUCGCCUUCCACCAGUUCUCUAUACAAGCUUCAGCGUUCUGGUGGUAUCUUGGGCUUCGCUGCUGCCGCCUUUGACAAGACCCAAUUUGCCCUCGCAACAUUUUCCUCGGACCAGUCUGUCCGCCAGCGCGUUUCCAGUUCCGCACUAGGCCGCGCCUCUUUGACCCCCGACUCCGUCUCCGACUACUCUGCCAAUCUGGGCUCGCAAGACAAAUACCCACGAUAUACGAACCCUUCCAAUUACUCGUCUUCCUCCAGCAGCACCCUUAACAAUAUAGAGGGCAAGUCUCCAAGCCAGGUGUCGCUGGUACAGGAUAUACCCUCUCAGCCAUACAGCGAGACCGAUCCGACCAGGCCUGUUCCCAUUCGAUUGCCGAGCAUUGAAAGCAAAAUGCACCAAACCUCCUCGCGGCUUCUCCGCAUGACGGAUGACGACCGGCCGUUCACAAAGGACUUCAAGGAUCUCUACUCAACACUGAUCGUCAGCCUUCUGCCUUUGUCUGCACACCGAGUACGGUUAACACGAGUGGAAAAUACGUUCCUGUCCGAAGAUGCGAUUAACAACUUGGGAUCUCUGAAGUUUUCUCAAUCUAACCGUAUGCCCGACCCCAAAGAUCCCUCCAGAAUAGUCACGACGACCACAACAACGACGUUCUCCAUGGCCAAAGACAUGGCACGCUCCAUUUGCCAAAAGUUCCUCGAAGCGAGGUUUAUUGAGUCAGCCGACGGAAAGUACCAGCAAGUGUACAACAUGAAGGGUUCCGUGUGGCAAUUGACGCCCAAGGGCGUAACCGUGCUGGAUCGCUUCUGCUCACGCAACGGUAUCCAGCAGAAGUCGAUAUCUGACCUGGUCGGCGCGACCCUGUCGCAACUCGUUAUUCUCGAGCGGGACGGGCAGACGGAUAAGCUCAUUACCGAUCGCGGCACAAUUGAGGUCAUUUUCAGGAGAUUCAUUGGAACACACGGCCCCAACGUCAAGUCGAGCGUCAGCUCAGCCGAUUCAGAUUCCCUGAGCGACUACAAGGAUGGCUUGACCGGUGUCAAGAUGGCUAGCGAGCGUAAGGUGAACGGCAAGACGUACAAGGAUACUUUUACUGGCAAGGCUGCCACUGAUUGGCUGAUGGACUGUUGCACAACCGUAGACAGACGGGAAACGUACGACAUCGCGUCACUGUUCGUGGAGUACGACUUGAUAGAGCCCGUGGUACAAGACCGUGCUCAUAUGGCACAAUAUCCCAGCAACAACUUGUUCCAGCCUACAAAGCAUGCCAUUUACCAAUUGACGGCAAAGGGCAGGGACUUGAUCAACGGUCUCGGUUCGCGGGGAAGAACGUCAGAAAGCGAGGUCGUCACGCCCUCACGUAACGCUAUUGCGCGAGACUCCAACACCCAGCGGCUGGACAAGAUCCUAACCGACGCAGCCCUUCGCCUGUUGUUCAGAGAAAACCUGCGCGAAACACACUGCGAAGAGAACCUUUCCUUUUACCUGGACGUCGACGACUUCGUUCGGAGUUGCCGGCAGGCGAUUCGGGUUGCCCAGAAAAACCCCAAUGCGAGCUCAAUGGACGGCAUCAAGGAGAUCAUGGCCCAGGCGUAUGGGAUUUAUAACGCAUUCCUCGCCCCCGGCUCUCCCUGCGAGUUGAACAUUGAUCAUCAGCUCCGCAAUAACCUGGCGACUCGUAUGACCAAGGCUGUCGGGCAGGACGUUGCCAUGAUCGACACUUUGCAGGAGGUCAUGUCCUUGUUUGAAGAUGCUCAGAACGCAGUUUUUAAACUGAUGGCAAGCGACUCGGUUCCCAAAUUCCUGAGAAGCCCCAAAUACGAGCACACUCUGAAGAACUACGACUUUGACUCAGUCACGGGUGGCGGCCGCGGCUUAGAGCGCAGCACGAGCCGAUCGAACCGCAAAUGA